UUUCCGUUAUGACGUCAUAAACAAACGCCAUCGCAGCUGUUUGUUUUGCUAGCAUGUUAGCAGGUAACAAUUCACACUAGAUGUGUUUCCUGAAUUUUUUUCGCUUUAGUAAAUGGGUUUUACUCAGCUCAAAGAUGGUGCAAGAAAGAGUGGUUGUAUGAUAAGAUGACGUUCAAUGUCCCGAAACACACAUGUUAAAUAUGUCAGACCAGCUGUUACCCCAAAUCAUCCCAUGUUUGGUCGUUACCUGAGCACAGUGGGUUCUCCGCCAGCUCAGACUGUUGUAAGCCAUUAUAGACACUGGUUUCAGCCUGGUCAUUUAUAUUGGACACGACCACCACACUUGCAGCAUCCCUCUCCCUCCUUCAGCACUGUCAGACACCCUUUUAAUAAGCCUCUGGAUCCCUACAACUGGAGCUCCUGGAGGCAAAGCGGAAUACUGACACACGCUUACCUAAGACGAGGUCUUCAUCUUUCUGGAGGCCUGAUGGACCGCCCCGAUAGGGAGCCACCACUGAAGAAAAGAAAGUGUGCAGAAGGGAGGUCGCCAGGGGAAAGAUCUCCACACUCAUCCGAACAUUUGUCUCCAAAAGGCAACAGGAGUUCAAGAGAAAGUCCUGAAUGGCUUUGGAAUGUAACUGAUGUUCCGGUGCCUCCUGGGAAAUUUCCUUCAAGCCCAAAGAGGACUGUGGAAGUACCAGAGUUAAAGAGACAUUGGGAGGAUCUUUCUCACCUCUGUAAUGCUACGACAGCUGCAAGAGGGGGGAGACAAAAAUGGCCAUUUGAUUUCUCUGUGAUGUCCUACAAUAUCCUCUCCCAAGACCUGCUUUGUGAUAACGGUUACCUUUACAGACACUGUAGUCCUCCUGUACUGGACUGGCACCAUAGGUUUCCUAACAUAAUCAGAGAGCUGGAACAGCACAGUGCUGAUGUAAUGUGCCUGCAGGAGGUGCAAGAGGACCACUAUAAAGAACAAAUCAAACCUUCUCUAGAAUCUUUAGGCUACCACUGUGAAUACAAACGGCGGACAGGUCUGAAGCCUGACGGCUGUGCUGUGGUCUUCAAACGCGAACGCUUCACUCUGGUGUCCUGUCACCCUGUGGAGUAUUUCCGCCGUGGAAUCCCUCUCCUGGACCGUGACAAUGUAGGCCUGGUUCUUCUGUUGCGGCCCAUAGACCCCUAUAGCUCUCUUACAAACAUCUGCAUCGCCAACACGCAUUUACUGUACAAUCCUAGACGUGGGGACAUUAAACUGGCACAGCUGGGUAUGCUACUGGCAGAGAUAAGCCGAGUGGCCCAGUUACCUGAUGGCAGCAUUUGUCCUGUGGUGCUCUGUGGGGAUUUUAAUUCUGUUCCUUGGUCUCCUCUAUAUCGCUUUAUUAAGGAAAGCAGACUGGAAUAUGAUUGCAUGCCUAUCGGGAAGGUGUCAGGACAAGAGGACAACCCAAGAGGGCAGCGUAUUCUCACUGUGCCAAUUUGGCCUAGAAGUCUGGGCAUCUCUCAGCAGUGCCAGUAUGAAAGCCCAUGCAGAGAUUCUGACGUGAGGGAUUUGGAGCAGGCAGCUGAAGCAGCACUAGACGGCUUAACUAAGCCCAGCAUUGAGCAUGGUUUAAAGCUGACUUCUGCAUACUCGCACUACCUGAAAGAGAGCCGUCAACCUGAGAUCACCACCUGCCACUCACGGACAGCCAUUACUGUCGACUACAUCUUCUACUCCGCAGCUCAGGGGGACUUGACUGCUCAGCCAGAAUGUAGCGUGUCACCAGAGAGGGGUCUGCAGCUGCUCGGCAGGUUAGCCCUUGUUGGUGAAGCUGAACUCCAGGAGGUCAACGGCCUUCCAAACCAGCACAACUCAUCUGACCACCUGCCACUUUUGACACGCUUCCGUCUACACCCUUGAAACGAUAGCUGUGAGAUCUAAAUUGUUUACAAGUACCAUGCCUACAAAUCAAUUUGUGUCCAGAAGAGCAAUAAUGUUUUGAAUGUUAAAAAUGAAUACAAACGUUUUGUAUAAACUGUUCAUGUAUAUUUUACACCAGCGAAGAAAUCAUACAUUUAGAAACUUGAAAAUAACUUGAUCACAUCUUUGGAUUGCAUGACAAGCUUCAAGCAGUGGAGCUUGAACUAGAAACGUGUCUGUAAUUUCUGAGCAUAGAUACCUGGUGGCCAGGGCAUAAUGGGGCAGUGACAUGCACACUGUGCCCAAUUAAAUAAGGGUGUUUUAUUGUAAAAUUGGGCAGCUUUUACACCAAGCAAGUCAGUGCAUGAAGAUGUUUAUAAUGUUUUUAUUUUUCAGUUGUGAAUGAUUUUACAAGGCAUUUCUAUUUUAGACCUGCAUACAUUUUAAAAAUGACAAAAAGAGCGAAAUAAAUGAUUUUAUCUUC